GAUGGACAUUGGACAUGUUAUUUUACUGUCAUGCAGUGUGAAACAUAAAUAAAGCAUAUUAGUUUUUGUAAAAAUCAUGACUUAAUACUCAGGCCUAAACUGUUAAUAUGAAAUAAUAAAUUUAAUAAAAUAACUGCCACUUACAUAUUUGUUUUAAUAAAUGACAUUAUGGAUGGUUUAAUUCACGCGGCAUUGGAAGCUGAGGUAAUACUUAACCGGGCGAAACAUGUGAACUCAAACUUGUCCCAAUAUAAUAGUGGUGUCCCAGACCACAAAAUGACUUGGACCCAUGAUAAAAUGCACCUUGCUGAAUCUGUUGAUGAAUCUAGAAUGAAAUUUCAACGUAAUUCGUCCGGCUCUGCUUCCAAAGCUACAGAGAAGUUUGAUUUAUUUAAAAAACUUCAUGAACUUUACAACGAGUUAAGUAGAGAUGAAACAUUACAGGUGAACUAUCAAGGCCUGAAAACCACAUCAUAUCUAUUGGAGAAGUUAUUAGCAAUAUAUAAUCUUAAUACAUUAAUAAUAAAUCUGUAUCCAGGCAAUAAGGGAUAUUCUUUAUCAUUAAAAGUAAAUGGCAACUCACAACAGUUACAUCCUCCAGAUGGGCAUUCGUCAUCAAAUCAAGAAGAGACUUUGAUAGAGACUCCCCGCUGGCCAUAUGAAGAGGAAGAAUUGUUGAGUUAUAUUGACAAUGAGGAACUACCUGUUGUGUUGUUAGACCUCUUGGAGACUGAACACUCAUGCCUGUUUUAUUCUGGAUGCAUAAUAGCACAGAUCAGAGACUAUAGACAGGCAUAUCCAAGUUUUCUCUGCGAUACUCAUCAUGUACUCCUACGGCCCACUAAUCAGAGUAUAAUAACCGAUGCAAUGUGUAUCGGGGGUCGUUGCGGCUGGGCAGGAGAAGAGCGUGGUGCGUUAGAAGCCGUGGAGGCCGCAUUAGUUCACGCGGCCGCGCCCCCGUUGUGCUUGGACCCGCGCCCCGCUGUGGGCCUUCUAGCCGCGCGCUUACAUGCUGCCCCACGAUUGUUUAAUACGCCUCGGAUCAGAAGGCAGGCAAAACGAUUCUCACAGGUGGCAGUGAAUCGAAAGAGGAAAUUGGAUCAGUUCACACAUUAUCAUGGUUUAGAGAUAUUAGACUUAAUACACCGUCAAAGAGCGAAAAAUAGUAGACAAUCAGUGCCACUAACACGACUGACAUCUAAGUAUCCGAAAAAACCACCAGAGGUGUUCAAACCCAUCGAGCCUCCAAAAAUGGAUCCAUUAUCACUAGCCGUGCCGUCCGAGCCGGGCGGUCCGCUGCGACUGGCUCGAGCGUACGAGCGGCCGCGGCCCACGCCCGACUGCUAUCCGCAGCUAGUGGAAGAAUACAUCCUUGAGACUGAGAAGACGUCACCACACGCCAGCGCUGGUUUCUUCCACAUCAAACUGUCAAUACUACAGAGGGCAGCCGACCAGGAGUUCCUUGGAGAACUCUAUGUAGACAGAGAUCACGUUGAAGGGGAAACAAAUGGCGCCGCUUGUCGGUUUUCAUUAGGGUCAAGACUACAGGCGAAUAAAUAUAUACAGCAGUUCACAGAGAUAUUUACGGAGGAAGGUCGAAAGUCUGUUAGGAUAAGACAUGUAGUUCCUGGCCAAAUGCCGAGGGUGUCUUUUACGGGAGGAAUGAGGGAAUUGAACCAGCAACUCUUGCUACAACAGCGGUCGGCCGCUUCUGGCGCCACGACAGUACAGACUAACGCCACAACCGUUCCUGUUGUGACCUCUACGAUACAGUCAACAACGAAUACACAUACCAACGUCCGUCAACUACCUAUCUUGCAAGCGCAGCUACAGCAAGUGGGUAACGUAGCAGCGGUAGGGAACGUGGUGAGCAAUGUGGGCAACGUCGUGGGCAACGUGAGCAACGUGGGCAACGUUGUGGGCAAUGUGGGCACGGUGGUGGGCAACGUUGUGGGCAAUGUGACCGCCACGAACGACACCGCGCUCAAGCAACAACCCUCCCCUACGACACCACGGCUUUCGCCACAGGUGCGUAUUUGUGGUGGGAAUGUGGUCGGAAGCGUGGGCAACAUUGUGGGCAACGUGGGCACUGUCGUGGGCAACGUAGUGGGCAACGUCAUCACUACUAGUGACACUGCCGUAAAGGAACAGCCCACACUUGCGACACCGCUGCUCUCACCUCAGGCGUCCACGAACCAGUUGUUAGCCCAGCAGUUGACGAACCCACCGCAACCGAUCAACCCUCAAAAGAUGCAGUCAGCCAUCAUACACAUACAACAUCCCCUCAUGUCCACUGCUGGAACGUCUCAGGUGCAGAACAUCCAAUAUACGAACACGACCACCACGCAACAGAAGGCGACAAUAACCAAGCCAAGAACAACGAACCCAGCCAUCAGCGCACUAGUGACUAGUCUUAUGAAUUCUGCACAACAAUUCCAACAAGCGGCAGCCAGUCAAAACGCAGCGAAAGCGGCAGUUAGCACAGCAAGUAGCAAUGCGACGAUACUGAACUUAUUGAACAGCGCGCCGGCCGCCAUGACGCACGCCACCGCAUCAACUGCAGACAAUAACACUAUAGAUGCUCACAAACUAUUAGGCCGGGUCUCUAUAGCUGGAGCAAGAAUCAUCACUGCCACAACCGCAUCACAUACAUUACCUACAUACACACAACAGGGAGUUGGUGUCCAAGUAAUGAGCGGUUACUCGAGAGAGAACGAAGCGACGAAUGUGUCGAGUAGUGAAAGCGCUUUAUUAGAGCGACUGAUGGGGCCCGACACUUCGGCCGCGCCCACUACGCAGCAACAACCCGUAUGCCAUUUGCAGGGCUUAAGUUUAGCAUCUCUGCAAGGUCUACAAGGCAUUCAGGGUCUCCAGAACGUACAAGUACAGAUCCCGGGUUUGUCUGCACCGAUAUCGCUGUCCUUGAACGUUUCCGGUGCGCCUAGUGGUUUACUCGUGUCGGUACCCCCUACCACAUCCGUCGUACUCACAAAUCAACCUUCGGUGCUCUCUUUGCCAAUAGCGCAAUUGAUGUCAGGUGGCGUGAAGGGCGGCGUGCGUGGCGGCGGCGUGCAGGUAGUGCGAAGUGCGCGAGGGGCGCGCCCCGCCCCGCGCCCCGCGCGCCCCGCCGCUCCCGUCGCCGCGCCCCCCGCCAUGCCCGCGCCCACUCUCACGCCUGCAUCGCAUACUGGAACGACUCAAUUCAUCAGCCAGGCGCAAGCGCAGGCGCUGAGCGCUCAACAAGUUCGGCGGAAAUCGAAUGCGGACAGUUCGUAGUGACGUCACAGUGUGCGACGCGACAUAGUGAAAUAACGUGUAAAUAUUAACCAUAGCUAAAUUAUUCAGUACGUUAGUGACAUAGUGACUCGUGCCGUGCGCAGUAUCCACGCUGUGAUCUACAUACGUACCCGGCGGCCAUCUUUAAACACCGGUAUUCGAGAAAUAGACUUAGAUAUGUGCGUUAUGCAAUAGUGGAAUUAUGGUUGUUUUAAUGAUACGUCACGGAGUUGUUAUAAAUCCUCUUAGGAAUAACAUUGGUUAAGUUACGGUCUUUCUGCACCGUAGAAGGUUUCUAAUACAUAACUAGGUUCAAUAUUAAAUUUAUAUAUAAGUAGUAUCCUCAAUGUUGCUAUAUCCAAUAUAAUAAUGUCUGAAACAACGACUGAAUUUUUAUAAUGUAGCAGUGUUCAUUGAUACAGUUAUGCCUAUAGUUAAAUUUAUCAGUUCCAUCACACUAUAUGUCUAAUAUUUUCUCCAAUUAUUCAUUUUCAAUCAUGUCUUUGACAAAUUUUAUUUUAUUCGAAUUAUUUAUCAUAAUUAUACUAUUUCAAUCAUGUAUUUUUAUUAUUUUAAUGUCACAAAUUAUAAUAUUUAUUGCGUAUGAAAUUGAAUAUUAAUUGCAACAUUGAACGUGAUUGGAUCAUGACAUAAAUUUUAUUGUGAGAAUAAAGUUUAAAUUUUAACUGCAUAGUGAAAUAAAAUUAUAUUGUUGAUGAAUCCGGAUAUUAUUAUCUUAAUGAAGAUUUUAUGUACGAUACCUGUAUGUGAAUGUUGUUAGUUAGUUUGUUCCAGUGUCAAAUUUAAAACGCGAUCGAAAUGGUACCGCUUAGCGCCUUCUGAUUGGUUGGUUGAAUUGGAGCAGGCCAAUCAGGGCGCAGAACGUCAUACACGUAUCUAAAGCAAACUCUAACUAGGCAAUCUGCACACAGGAUGAAUUAUUAAUAUGUAUUCAUUAAAUUGAGCUAAUUAAUUACGUGUGGAGACUUGACUAACAUCUACAUUGUAGAAAAUUUCGCGUAAAUCAGUAUUAAUUAAUAAGAAUAAAAUCACUGUUCAUAUGACAACCUAGUACUGACGUUUGGAACUUUAUGAAGUACAACACUUUGCAGUGAUUCAUGAAUCUGUGUUAGAUAAGUUGUAAAUAUGUAUAAUAUAGUUUGGAAUAAGCAUCACAGCUAACUGUAGUUGGAAUGUAAGAAAGUUGAAUUUAUGUUUUCAGUAUGUUAGUGUAAUAUAAAUUACGGGAAUAGUAAUGAAAUUUGUUUGCGUUACGCCAUUGUAACCGAGUUCUGUAGAUUUCAAAAGAGUAGAUUUCUUUUUGUUUUACUAAAAGAGAAUUCAUAUAGUUUUUGUAAUGUAAUCAAAAGAGCAAUAUAUCUGUUCAAAUAACUAUGCAUAAUAUUACAAUGAUAUGGUAUUGUCUUGAAAUCAUUGAAAAUUAUCGCUCUUAGUAUUAGGGAG